UUCGUCAGCCAUACGUGCGCGUCCCCGUUUGCUUUCCUCGCGGAGCAGCCUGUCAGUUAAUUUACCGGAUAUUUUUUUUAAAAAUAGCAGUGGAGCGACGGAGUACACGCCUUGAACUCUAUAAAACUGAAGUUAUCCUGGCUGGAUUCCGUAUAUAUAACUUCACUGAUAUUUGUACGUGGAAGGGAUUGGGUGAUAUAAUAUUUUAUUUGUUCUUGUUAUUUUCAGUGAAAACUCUUUUACAGUAAAGUAAGCUUAGCUAGCAAACGUUAGAGGUAGCUAGCUUGCACAUCGUAUGUUUCGCGGCAGCGAAGUAGCCAAUCUGAGAACCCUUGCUUGUUAGCUAAGUUAGCUCAACUUGUGUUGGGUGAGGCACUGCGAUCGUGUUUUAUUACUUUAACAUGGGUCUAAUAGAUAUGGCAAGUAAUGCGAAAACAAGAUUUACGCAACUUUGCAAAAAUCUGGAAGAUCCACAUCACGUAGCAAGGUUUCAGAAGAUUUGUGGUGUGAUUGGGACCUUUUCUGGGAUUUCAACAGAAAAAACGCAUGAACAGGAGCAACUUUACAACGGAACCUGUAUUAAGCACUGCGAGGGUGAAAGUGACAAUUAUGACAUUUACGCAGGUAGCGAGAAAGUUACCGACGGUCAUCGACAGAGGAAAAACACCGCGACUGGCACUCGUACGGAGCAGGAUGGCUGUAAAAACGGCCUUUUGAACGGGACAGGUCUGAAUGUCGGAGCUGGAGAGACUGGGGGAUACACUUUUUGCUCUGGUGUCACCAGUGCAUCGGCGUCGGAAAACCCAACUAACGAUUGCGGGGUGGACCGCAUUUCAACAAAGGAUGCUGAUAGUCAGAACGAGAGUUCCAAAAACAGGAGCGCAGUAAAACCCAUGCGCAAGAACUCACUGACUGGUGAUACUGGGCAGGAAUUCUUAAUCGAGAAUAAGUUUUUAUACUACCUGUUCACUGUCGGAACUGAACUGGGGAAUGAACUCUUCUACAUCACAUUUUUCCCUUUCUUCGCUUGGAACGUUGACGCCUAUGUGUGUCGGAGGCUGAUGAUAGUCUGGGUGUGGGUCAUGUACCUGGGUCAGUGCACCAAAGACAUCAUCCGGUGGUCUCGUCCGGCCUCGCCGCCCGUGGUCAAAGUGGAGGUGUUCUACAACUCGGAGUAUAGCAUGCCCUCAACGCACGCCAUGGCUGGAACUGCUAUACCCUUUGAGCUAUUCCUACUUACUUACAGUCGAUGGGAGUACCCCUUCACGCUGGGCCUGGUGCUGUCCUUCAGCUGGUGCAUCCUCGUCUGCUUGAGCCGAAUCUACAUGGGCAUGCACUCCAUCCUGGACGUCAUCGCCGGCUUCCUGUACAGCAUGCUGAUCCUGGUGGUGUUCCAGCCGGCGCUGGACGUGAUCGACAACUUCAACCUGACGUGCCAGUACGCGCCGCUCAUCAUCGUCUCCCUGCACCUGGGCAUGGGCUUCUUCUCCUUCACGCUGGACACGUGGAGCACGUCGCGCGGAGACACGGCGCAGAUCCUGGGCUCGGGGGCCGGCUUCGCCCUGGCCUCGCACCUCAACCGCCGGCUGGGCGUGAUGCUCGACCCGCCGCCGUCCCAGCUGCCCCUGACGCCGCCGCCGCUGGGCCCGGGCCUGGUUGGGCUCUGCCUGCUGCGCCUCGUCCUGGGCAUGGCCCUCCUGCUGCUCAUACGCGCCGUCAUGAAGGCCCUGACCAUCCCGCUGGUGUGCCGCCUGGCCGGCGUCCCCGGCGACGACGUGCGCAAGGCCCGCCGCCACAUGGAGGUGGAGCUGCCGUACCGGUACAUCGUCUACGGCACCGUGGGCUUCAGCGUCCUCUACCUGGUGCCCGAAGCCUUCCGCUGGAUCGGCCUGCUCUGAUGCCUGCCUGUCACGCCUCCGCCCCCCCCCCUUCAGACCCAGCCUAUUGCUUCCUCACAGAGAACACACGACCCCCCUGGGGGUGAUUUCCACCCCGAACUGUGUGCUUUAAUCAUUACUGCUUUAUUGCUUCGAUGACUCGGCCUUAAAAACUGUUUCCUUUUUUUUCUUGUUGAUUUCUGCUUUGCGCUGUCCUUAGGGUCUGGCUGUUAGACGUCCGCGCGCGUGAUCAGAGUCACAAGAGGACUGUGGUUGCGUGGGCUGCUGGUACAGGGGCUGGGAUAGCAGGGUUCUGUGCACCACUUCCCAAUACUGCUUUCUGUUAUCUGCUCUGACUUUUUUUGCGGUGAGACUGCUUGGUCCAGCAAUCAUCUCACAUGCAAACACACAACACACACACACACACACCACGCACGACACACAAACACACAAACACACACACACACACACACUAACACACACACACACACACUAACACACACACCUUGCAAAAGCCAGUGAACACAGAACUGUUUUUUUUUUGGUUUGCUUAGAGAACUGUUCAGCACAGCUCAAACCCUUAAAGAAUAAAUAUUCUGUUUUUGUAUUCCCAUUUAAAUUGAUUAGAUUUUUGUACUUGAAAAUCUAGCCAGGAAUGACACAUUUUGUUUUUGUUUGUUUUUUUUACAUAAGAUCCGAGUCUUGUUUUUCAUAUUUUUCUCCCCUAAGGGCUCUUUGUGUGUUUCUGUAUUUGUUUUGUUGAUGGAGAGAUUUAAGUGUGGGGAACUGGGAGGAAAGAAGCCAUUAACAGGCACAUGUACUUCUUAGAUUUCCCUGAUAGCUGUGGACUGGGUGUGGAGGGAUGUUUUCUGGUCAUCAGAGGGAGGGGGGGUGGUUACAUGCCCUACGUAUUCUAGUCCUCUUGACCCCUCCCCCUUUCCCUAACACUAACACUGAUCUGAGCUUGCUGCCCAGGGACUUCCUGUUUUAGCUGAGAGUCGCACGCAUCGGCUUCCUGUGGUUCAAGUGUCCCGUGCCUUGGGACCGUGAAAGAUGAGGAUGAGGCGGGGGCCGCUGACAGGGGCCAAGGGUAGGACAGAAAGAGAGGGGGAGACCGAGGCGACGGGACGCAGAGGUGCGUCAGCGGGAGCAGGCCGUUCUCCUCUGACGCACGGUCGAAUUACCCGUGUCGUUUUGGAGGAACUGAAAAGUCGUUCCCCACACCCGCCUGCAGGGGGCUGCAGCGUGCCCAUCGGACGAGGCGCAAAAGGGAAGUUUAAAGCAGAAGUGAGAUUUUGCGGCCUGGUGCUGAGAAUCGCAGUCUUGUACUGCCUGAAGCUGCACUUUUUAAUGCAACUGUUGCAGUUUUGUCUCUUUUUAUUCUUAUGCAUCUGUUCCGCCAGUGCUUCUCCACCCACACCCACCCAAAUGAGAGUAGCCUGUCACAUCCCUCAGUGCACCAUCCUUCACUCCCUUCAGCUUCCUUACCUGCUGCCUCACCUGCCACGACUGCAUCGUGGGGGUCUGCUCACAACACAGUUAAAUAUAGCAGAAAAUGAUCUAGUCUUACUACAGUGUUGCUGUAGUACUCUCCCUAGCUGACCAAGGUAAUUGCUGCUUUAGUACGGUACAUAAAUUAUACAUAAAUGUUAUUAUUUUUAUUUUGUCAAAUGUCCUUGUGCUUGUGAAAGUGGAGCGUGGUUAAAUGAGAGCGGGAAGGCACUUCGCCGCCGUGGAAACGGUCGGCUGAGACUUCCCCUCGGGUCACUUAUUUUGCCGCUCCCAGAAUGCACUGCUCCCUUUGCUGUUGCCUCCUCUCUGCAACCCCUCAGAGCUGGGGAAGGAGCCUGGAGACAGGCUAGCUGUCAGCAACGUCUGUGUUGGUGUGUGUGUGUGUGUGUGUGUGUGUGUAUGCGUGCAUGUGUGCGUGUGCGUGCACAUGGGUGUAUGUGUGUGCAUGUGCCUGCUUGUGCGUGUACGCGUGCCCGUGCGUAUGUGUUUCUGUGCGUGUGUGUCUGUAUAUGUGUGUGUGUGUGUGUGCGCGUGCGUACGCAUUUGAGUGUGUCAUGGUUGCCUGUGUUUUACUUAUGUGGUGUUUUGUUGUUGUUUUUCUUUUUAAAUCCCGUGUCCUUGUCCUGAUAGUUUGGAUGUGUUCCAGUCAGCUGUACUUGAGGUCACGGAUGUGAUCUAUUUUAACAGGACAAUGUAGGGCUCGGGUUCCAAAAAAAGCAAACAAAAGAAAGCGGUGGUCUUGAUUGGCUCUUAUGUAAAUAAACCCAGGGAAGGGCAGUAGAGCUUGCUAUCUCUGGCUGCUCUGUAUCUGGGACUGGGGUGAACAGGGUUAAUGACACUGCAGUGUUGGUGUUACUGGUGCUGUCACGCCUCAACACCAGACUCUACUGAGGGCCUACUGUGUGUGCACUGUGAACACUGUGAGUCUUUACUGAGCAUUGCUCCCCACGGGCUAGAAGUUAAUAUAAUUUUGCUUUGAUCCAAACUGGUUCCACUUACCUCAUUUUUCACUUUAGUCAUUUCACCUCUUGCUUUUGUAUGUUCUCCCAUGUCAGUAUUCUUAAAACAUGGUUCAGAUUUCAGUAUAUAAACCCUUGAGGAAUAUGUAGAAGUUUGUAUGUAAAAUGAAUUGACCAUCUUGGAUAAGGUGAUGUAAAGAAAUGACAUUCGUUUUUCCCAUUUUAUUGUAACCUGCAGCUAAUUUGCCGGAGUGGAGGAAAAAUGAAUUUAUUUUUAAUUCCCUGAAAUACUAAACUUGAGCUUUAGUGGAGCCUGGACAGGCGUAAAGUUUUGAAAUCCAGCCCCUACAAAUUUCCAAUACUACACAAUGGAAUGGAAGUAAGCUAUUGGGCAUCACCAUGUGUCUGUAUGUAUGUCUGUAGGUUUGUGUACUUUAUUAUUUUAAAGCUAAAGCUUUUAUCUGUGCUUGUAUGUACAGCAUUAGGGUUUUUGUACCUUUAGUAAAGAAUACUUUAGGUCAGAAACAUACAAAAGACCAAAAAAAGAGACUUAAAUCCUGUAGUUUUUUUAUUUUUUAAGCUUGACCUAAGUUCCAUUGUUCUAUAUACCCCAGUGCCUUUACUGUAACUGUUCUAAAGUACUGAGUGACUCCUCUGCUUUGGAGUAGCAAGGGUGUGGACGUGUUCUAUGAUGACUGUUGAGGAAUGUUCUGGAUAAGUUUAUCAGCAUGUUUGGGUUUGUGUAUUUAUGUACUUUAUGUAUUUCAUCUCUAUCUUUAAUUUCAGUCUGUAAAAAGUUGUCUGGUUUGUUCUCUAGCUCUGAAACUUGUAAUUGCAGAGUUUAGGUUUAAAAACUCAUUAUUGCUUUACUUAAGCAGCACAAUUAAAAUAUCCUGCAUCUAUUUUGAUUUUUCUUGUAAAA